ACAUCCAUUAUCUUCGCGAACUACACAACCACUGGUAUCCCCAACAAGCAUGGAUGACAUGGAGAAAUGGCCAGAAGUAGAGAAAGCAGCGACAGAGAAGAGGCGUGAACUGGUUUUACAGGGCCCUGCUGUUGACAAGAGAAUUUCCUCUAUCGGAGGACUUCCUUCUUCCAUCUAUUCUCUGACGCUGCUGAAUUAUCUUGAAGUCAGCCAGUGCCCGAGUUUGACAGAGAUCCACGAGGGCAUCCGGCAUCUGACAAACCUCCAAAGCCUCAUCCUGUGCAGAAACAAGCUCGCCUCCAUCCCGGAUGUCAUCAGCAACCUCAAGUCCUUGAAGGUCCUGGACCUUUCAGUCAACAACCUUCAGGUUCUGCCAGUGGGAAUCGCUCAGUUGAGGGAGCUAAACACUCUCAAUGUGAGCUGUAACAGUCUGGAGGUCCUGCCGGAGGGACUGAGUCAGUGCACCAAGCUGUCCACCAUCAACAUCUCCAAGAACCGCAUCUCCGGGUUCCCUGCAGAUCUGUGCUCCGAGCGGCUGGAUCUGCUCAGCACCCUGGUGGCCUCUGACAACUCCAUCGAAGAGCUGAGUGGAGACAUCCACAGGCUAGCUGCUCUUAAGGUGCUGGAUCUGUCUAACAAUAAGCUGCGUGAGAUCCCCUCCGAUCUGAGCGACUGCCCCAAGCUGAAGGAGAUCAACUUCAAGGGCAACAAGCUGAGUGACAAGCGCCUGGAGAAGAUGGUCAACGGGUGCCAGACCAAGUCCAUCCUGGACUACCUCAGAGGAAAAGGAAGAGGAAGACACGGGGAGGAGGGGGGCGACGCAGACGGAGGGCGUAACGCAGACAAGAAAAAAAGGCAGCAGCAGAGGAAGAAGAAGGAGAAGGUGGCAGAGGAUGAGGACGAGGAGGAGGAACUGAACAAGAUGGUGGUGAGGGUUCUCCAUGUCUCGGACGCUCCCACUGCGCUCACGGUCACAGUGAAUGCAGAGGUGAAAGAUGUUCGACCAUACUUGGUUUGCUGUGUGGUCAGAGGCAUGAACCUAAAACCUGGGAAUGCUCUCAAACGCUUCCUGAUGGCUCAGACAAAGCUUCAUGAUGACUUGUGUGGCAAAAGAACCAUCGCAACCAUUGCGACUCAUGAUGUGCAGCUUCUGAAAGGUCCCCUGACGUAUGACGUCAGAUCGCCUACACAACUGAAGAUUGUGGCACUGGGACGGAAGGAGAUGACGGCUGUCGAGCUGGUAAGGCAGCUUCAUCUAGAGGCCGACGAGCUGAGGAAGCAGAAGAAGAGGCAGAACGUCACUGGCCUCCACAAAUACCUGCAGCUUCUGCAAGGAAAACCCCUCUAUCCCUGCCUAGUGGAUGCAGAGGGACAUGUGAUCUCAUUCCCACCAAUCACCAACAGUGAAAAAACCAAGAUUAGGAAGACAACCGCGGAGUUGUUCUUGGAGGUGACGAGUGCAACCAGCCUGCAGACCUGCAAAGAUAUUAUGGACGCUCUGAUUGCUAAAAUGGCAGAGUUGAACAAGUUCACUGCGGAGCACCGGGAAGAGGUUGGGUCCGAAGGGGAAGGGGACGCCCCACCAGAGCCCACAGCCAGCAGUGAGACCUCCAGCCAACUGAUCGUCCAGCAGGUCCGAACAGUUGACCAAGAUGGGAACCUGAAAGUCGUCUACCCUUCAAAGACGGACCUCUCCAAAGACAUGGGCAACUUGACUGUGGUUUGGUAGUUGGCCUUUGGGUUACCACUGACGUUUACAUCCAUUCACAUGCUUAAUUUUAACUCAUUGACAUUGUGGAGAGUGUGGCUGCAUCAUUUUACUUUGGGGAGCACUUAAAUUUCUUGAGUUUAGAACAUUCACAGUUUGAUUUUUGAGGAAAUGAGUGUUGUCUGACUAAAUGUUAACAUCUCUGAUUUAUGUACAGCUUUUUGAAACACAUAUAGGCUAAUACCUUAAUAAAUCGUUGCGCAAUCCUCACAUGA